ACGUAACUAGGUGACGUUACCCGGGGAGUUAUAUAUACCCCAAAUAUCGCUUGCGCUCGGCAUUUCAGUCUCUUCUUGUUCUCUCCCGCUUUAGAUCGGAUUCGUUCUCGCCUACCUAUCAGAAACAGAGUCAUCAUUAGCAAUUCGGCAUCCUUCGCGAGAGCUUCGUUGUUUAGUUGUUGGUGGGGUCAUCGCCAACACGCUUGGGAUUCUUCCUCUCGCCUGACAUCACGCCACUCGUUGAUCCUCAGCCCGGUUGAUAAGCAUACGCACGAAUGCGUAUAUAAAUAAUAAAGAUAGGAACGGAUAUACUUCCUCUUCGCCGAGCCGUUCUGUCCGAUCCGAAUCGCAUCUCACGGUUAUAAUCCCCAUACUCCCCAUACUCCGUAUACUCCCCCUCGGUACUCCCCAUACAAACUCCACUCCCACAUCCGGAACACUAGGUAACACCCACGCAACCGCAACAAUGAGCCUCCUCCAAAACAAAUACGCAGCAGCCCUCAUCAACCCGGACGUCCUCCGAGCCCACCAAAAACCCAUCCUCCUCGCCACCGGCAUAACCGCCGUCGCCACCCCGUUCCUCGCCUACGCAUGGUCGUGCUACCGGGAAUGGCUUGCCCUCGGCCCCGGCGGCAUGCCCUACCACUUCCCCGGCUGGCUCCUGCAAGUCGGCCUGCACGCCGUCGCGCGCUCCGAUACCCGGGAGCCCCUGCCUAGGCCGUACAAGCGGCUAGAGGACGUAGCCGCCUUGUACGGCGCCGCGGGCGCGAAGUCGUACUACAACUACUCCGGGGACGGCCCGGGCCAGAUUCCAAAGCGCAAGGGCGACCGCCCUACCGUCCCGACCUUCGUCGCGCCCCAGCGCCAGACCUCCGACGCCGCGCCCCCCGCUACCGUCGCCGCGCAGAAGGCCUUCCUAGCCGCCGUAGCAGCGGCCAACGCCUCGCUCUUCGAGGUCCGGACCAGCAAGCUCGAGGGCCCUCUCCACCAGGCCUUGUGGCUGCGACUCCCCUCCCCCUCCUCCGCGUCGGCCGACGACGACACCACCCUGCGGACCCGGCUAGGGCGGGGCUCGGACGGGGAGUUCGCGCACGUGCACGGCGAGGGGAGCGUUCAUGUGACGCUCAGCCCGGCGGACGCCGCGGCCGCGAUCGAAGCCGGGUGGGCGGAGCGCUUUGGACUAGCUGGGUGGUGGGGGUCGCGCGUGGUGCCCUGGGGGUUCGUCAUGGUGUACGCGCCGCGCGACGAGGGCGAGUUUGCCGUGUUUCGCGAGUUGGUACUUGCCGGUGCGCGGUAUGUGGCCGAGGGCGCUGGGGUGGAAGUUGUUGCUCCGGCGGAGUAGUGAAUUGGGGGGGAGAGUAAUCUAGGUAUGUAGUGUAGGGGCGUGAAUGGAAGGAAGUAGGUAAGUAAAAGGGCGUGGUAUAGUUGGUUGGUUGGCUGGUAUACAACUUGCUUGCAUGGGGUACCUACCUAUCCGAUAUAUCGAGGUCUAUGUUACCUCGUGAUGGACCUGUGAAGGGGAGGACGUAUUAUGUGUUUGAAGCGUGUAGCUUGUGGCGUUGGGGAGAGGGUUACUUACAUACUAGUAUAUGCGAAUGUGCGGUGGGUGAUUCAAAAACGCAUCGGUACGGAAAGCGGUCGGGACGGUGAAUAAGGUAAGAUCUAAGACAAGGAGAGGUGUGUAUGAUUAAGAGUAUAAUCUUCUCCUUCUAUGAUAAAUUUGCUGCGUUAAUACUACUACUGAUGUCUUCCCUCGAGACCGUAUUAUACCCAUCUGCCAGAGUUACCGAGUUGCUGAUUUUAUUAAUAGGCUACAUCGCGAUUCUACUUUAUUAACAACUUUGUAAAAUGCUAGAAUAUCCAAAUUUGUUACAUGUCGCUUCGUUUACAAAUCACUAAGAAUAGGUAGCUUUGACUUGUACAAUGCAUCUAAGGG